CGCAGCAUGGAGACAUUAUUCACUAGCUCUGAGAGUGAGCGGGGAUGCACUCAAUCUUCCCACCAGCAAGAUCACGCUGAGGAGAAACCAUUUCCCUGUCCCGAUUGUGGGAAGGGAUUCACCCAAGCAAACAACCUGAAGAGACACCAAAAACAAGUUCACGCUGAGGAGAAACUAUUUCCCUGUCCUGAUUGUGGGAAGGGAUUCUCUCAAGUCUGCAACCUGAAGACACACCAGAGAAUUCACACGGGGGAGAAGCCCCUCAUCUGUUCUGAUUGUGGGAAGGGAUUCACUGCAUCAUCUAGGCUACAGACACAUCAGUUGAUUCACAUCAGGGAGAGGCCGUUCACCUGCUGUGAGUGUGGGAAGGGAUUUAUGCAGUCAUCUCACCUGCUGUCACACCAGCGGAUUCACACUGGAGAGAAGCCGUUCACCUGCUCUGGGUGCGGGAAGGGGUUCGCUCAGGCCGGCAACCUGAAGGAACACCAGAAAAUUCACUCAGGGGAGAAGCUCUUUGCAUGUUCUGAUUGUGGGAAGGGAUUUACUGCAUCGUCUGGGCUGCAGAGACACCAGCUGAUUCAUACCGGGGAGAGGCAAUUCACCUGUUCUGAGUGUGGGAAGGGGUUUGUUCAACUGGCAGGCCUCAGGACACACUAUCAAAUUCACACCGGGGAGCGGCCGUUCAUCUGCUCUGAGUGUGGCAAGGGAUUUACACAAUUGUGUGGGCUGCAGAAACACAAGCGGAUUCACACCAGGGAGAAGCCGUUCACCUGCUCUGAGUGUGGGAAGAGAUUUAUGCAGCCAUCUCACCUGCAGUCACACCAGCGGAUUCACACUGGAGAGAGGCCGUUCACUUGUUCUGAGUGUGGAAAGGGAUUUAUUGAUGUAUCUGGCAUACAGAGACACCAGCAGAUACACAGCGGGGAGAGGCCGUUCAUCUGCCCUGUGUGUGGGAAGCGAUUUAUACAGCCAUCUCACCUACGGGCACACCAGCGGAUUCACACUGGGGAGAAGCCGUUCACUUGUUCUGUGUGUGACAAGGGGUUUGGUAAAUUAUACGGGCUACAAGUACACCUGCGAAUUCACACUGGGGAGAAGCCGUUCAUUUGUUCAGUGUGUGGGAAGGGGUUUACUAACUUAGCUGCAUUACAGAGGCAUCACAGAAUUCACACUGGACGCCUGAAGCCUGCUCUGAGUGUGGGAAGAGAUACAUUCAGUCUUCCCAAAACCCCCGCUCCUCAGAACUCGCCCUAUGUUGCAGGCGAUACCAAGCGCGCAGGCGCGGAGAACCCCCGGAAGUGGUGGGGUGGGGCCAAGGCGCGCAUGCGGUCCGUGGACAAACGACUCCGGCGGGUAGGAGCGGUGAUCCGGGCGCGGGAUCAGUCAACACCGAGGCCCGGCCUGAGGAGCGGCCCCCGGCUGCGGGGAGAAUCGGUGCGGCCCUCGGGGACACGGUGGCCCGUCACCUGGGGAUGGUGCGGCCAUGGAAGCCAACACCAGAGGAUUCACAUCAGGGAGAGGCCGUUCACCUGCUCUGUGUGUGGGAAGGGAUUUAUGCAGUCAUCUCACCUGCAGUCACACCAGCGAAUACACAUUGCAGAGAGACCGUUCACGUGCUCUAUGUGCGGGAAGGGGUUUAUUGAUCACUCUGGGCUACAGAGACACCAGCAGAUUCACAGUGGGGAGAGGCCGUUCAUCUGCUCCGAGUGUGGGAAGGGAUUCACUGAUUCUUCCAGCUUGCUGACCCACCGGCGAAUUCACACUGGGGAGAGGCCGUUCACUUGUUCCAAACCUCCGCGCCCCAGAACUCGCCCUAUGUCGCAGGCGCGGAGAGACCCGGAAGUAGGUGCGGCCAAGGCGCGCAUGCGGUCCGUGGACAAAAGACUCCGGGGGAUCCGGGCGCGGGAUCAGUCAGCACCGAGGCCCGGCCUGAGGAGCGGCCCCCGGCUGCGGGGACACGGAUUCACUGUGUCAGCUGAGCCGACCAGACGCCAGAGAGUUGACAGCAUGGAGACAUUAUCCACCAGCUCCCAGUGUGGGCAGGGAUUGACUCGAUCUCCCCACCUGGUGACCCAGCAGCAAGUUCACACUGUGGAGAAACCAUUUACCUGCCCCCGUUGUGGGAAGGGAUUCACUCAGUCGUGCCAGCUGAAGAAGCACUAUCGAAUUCACAGCGGGGAGAAGCCGUUCACCUGCUCUGAGUGUGGGAAAAAAUUCACCGUGUUAUCUGUGCUGCUGAUACACCAGCGGAUUCACACCGGGGAGAGGCCGUACAUCUGCUCUGAGUGUGGGAAGGGAUUCAUUGCGUCGUCUCAGUUGCUGACACACCAGAGAACUCACACCGAGGAGAAGUCGUUCGUCUGCACGGAUUGUGGGAAGGGGUUCUUUCAUUUAUCUGCGUUACAGAUACAUCAGAGGAUUCACACCGGGGAGAGGCCCUUCGUCUGCUCGGAGUGUGGGAGGGGAUUCAGCCAAUCCUCUAACCUGAAGAGACACCAGCAAGUUCACGCUGUGGAGAAACCGUUUGCCUGUCCCGAUUGUGGGAAGGGGUUCUCUCGAGCGUGCCGGCUUAAGUGGCACCAGCAGAUUCACACCGAGGAGGGGCUGACAACACGUCAGCGAGUUCAGACCUGCGAGAGGCCGUUCACCUGCUCCGAGUGUGGGAAGGGGUUCAUUGCAUCAUCUGAGCUCCUGAAACACCAGAGAAUUCACACUGGGGAGAAGCCGUUCAUCUGCUCUGAGUGUGGGAAGAGAUUCAUUGAAUCAUCUGCCUUACAGAUACACAAGUGGGUUCACACUGAAGAGAGGCCGUUCACCUGCUCUGAGUGUGGGAAGGGAUUUGUUCGUUCGUCUGCAUUACAGGUACACCGGAGAACUCACACCGGGGAGAGGCCCUUCUCUUGCUCGGAGUGUGGGAAGGGUUUCACUGGUUCAUUUUCAUUGUUGAUGCACCAGAGAAUUCACACCGGGGAGAGGCCGUUCAUCUGUGCUGAGUGUGGGAGGGGAUUCAUUGAAUCAUCAGCGUUGCAGGUACACCAGAGAAUUCACACUGGGGAGAGGCCGUUCACCUGCUCUGAUUGUGGGAGGGGAUUCAACCGAGCUUCCCAACUGGUGACCCACCAGCAAGUUCAUACUGUGAAAAAUAAAAUUCCCUGUCCUGAUUGUGGGAAGGGAUUCGCUCAGGCAGACAGCCUGAAGAAGCACCAGCUUAUGCACACCAAGGAGAGGCCGCUCUCCUGCUCCGAGUGCGGGAAGGGGUUCAUUCACUCAUCUGCGUUAUCGAGGCACCAGAGAAUUCACACUGGGGAGAGGCCGUUCACCUGCUCUGAGUGUGGGAGGGGAUUCACUCAUUCGUCUGCGUUGCAGGUACACUGGAGAAUUCACACUGGGGAGAGGCCGUUCGUUUGUCUGGAGUGCGGGAAGGGGUUCACCCAAUCUUCUCACCUGAACAGACACCAGCAAGUUCACGCUGUGAAGAAACAAUUUGCCUGUUCGGAUUGUGGGAAGGAAUUCAGUCAGGCGGGCAGCCUGAAGAGGCACCAGCGAAUUCACGCUGGAGAGAGGCCGUUCAUCUGCUCUGUGUGUGGAAAGGGGUUCAUUGGAUCGUCUGAGCUGCUGACACACCAGAUAAUUCACAUUGGAUAGAAGUCACCCGUCCGCUCUGAAUGUGGGACCAGAACACGUGGUAAUUACGAGUCGCAAAGUCUCUCACCACAAAACUCCCAUUUGUGUUAUUACACUAUUUAUAAAACACGGGAUUCCCGAGGAAUGCAAGUGGUGCAGAACUAUCUGUAUUUUAUGUUAAACUUUAGGCACCUUUAAGUGUUUUGAUUUCAAUAAUUGAUCGCCUCUGAGAUAAAAACACAGACUGGCUGUCGUCCAUUGGGGAACGUUGAGCUGGUGAUUUCAGAUCAUUUCCAUGUUCAGAUCAUUUCCAGGUUCCUCUUUGCCCCGAAACCUCCGUGUCCCAGAACUCGCCUCAUUGUUGCAGCGAUCGCGGGGAGCCGGAGGUGAUGCGGCCAAGGCGCGCGUUGCAGUCCGCGGUGAUGGAAAAUGUAUGUAUCUUGUGUAUUCUAUCUGUCUCUGUACAAGAUCGCGUACCGAAACUGCCUGGUUCAGUGGACAAUCUGGUCACAGGUGACCCGACCCUAGGGGAUCGAUGGGGGUUAGCGCGAUUAUGGUAACGCCGUUGGACUCCACAUCUUGGCGAUGUUUCAGGUCAGGACCGGCUGUGUGGCUCCAGUGCCAGUUGUGAUUUUUUUUUUGUAAACCGGUAAAAGUACCUCCUUGUAUCAGGCAUGAGACAUGAAAAUAUAGGAAGAGAGAUGGGGGUCCAGGGGGCAUUGCCCCCGAGUAGGGUUCCAAGGGGCAAUGCCUCUGGCGGGGGUAAAAAUGUUUGAUAAUUGCAGAAAUGUUUGAUAAUUGUACCUUGAAACGACACUGUUUUCUUGUCUGUUUACCCUUAAUUUAUACUGUCAUUUUUUUUAAAUUGUACCUUAAAAUAACACAAAUUACUUGCUUGUCACUUCUUCAUUUACACAGAAAAUUUGUGAUAAUCAUACCUUAAAAUGACACCAACUCCUUGCUUGAAUACACUCAAGUCAUAUUGAAAAUAUUUUAUAUUACACCUACUUGUAUCAUGGUACCUGUUCCUUGCUUGUUUACACUAAUUAGAGAGAAGUAUCAUUUACCAUUGUGUUUAAACGCCAAAUGAAUUUCAAAUCCAACUCCCAACAGUUAGGAUGAACAUGAUGAUCCAACCACUUCAAAUA